GCCUCAGUUGCUGGACCGUGUUGCUCGCGUAGUGUCCUUGUUGUUGCUCAUUUGCAGAGCAGCAGUUAGCAGUGUUAUCCUGCCCACGUUACACAGCCGCAAACUGUUGCGAAAAGCAGAAGCAUAAAAGCAGAAGCGGAAAAGUUGCAAUUGAACAGCGGAAGUUAUUGCGUUUCCAUGUGUUUACCCCCAUUACCGAUCGCCGUAAUUGCACAAACUUCGGAGUAUUCCACUUAAAUUGAAGCCAGUUUUGUUCCUUUAAGCUGCCUUCUAUUCAGGCACUAUGACCAACUCGAAACGCAAACAGCCCACAACACCAAAUGCGACAGAAGCCAACAUCGAAGAUGAAACCACAAAGUCCCCAAUGGUGACUGAUGAGCCGACCAAGUCCAAUCCAAAGUUAUCAGCGAAUGAAUCCUCGUCAAUUGCUCAGUUUUUCAAGCUCUGCUUUGGACAUGAUCUGCACAAUUUUGAUAACUUGCAAACGUUUACCAGAUGGCUGCAUCGGCCGGUAGAUGGCGCUGCCCUGGGUGUGUUCCGAAUGCUCUACGGCGCAGCCAUGUUGAUUGAUAUCGCCGAGGAGCGAGGCGGCGGACAGCUGGAUGUACGCUUUGGCGAGCCUCAUCACUGUCACUUUCCUCUGUUCAAUGGCAUACGUGCUCUGGACUAUCCGCUGAUGGGCUGCGUCUAUCUGGCCAUGUGGCUGGGCGCAAUGGGCAUUAUGCUUGGCUAUCGCUUUCGCAUCAGCUGUUUGUCCUUUGUGACGUGCUACUGGUACAUCUUCUUGCUGGACAAGCCGGCGUGGAAUAAUCACAGCUAUUUAUUUGGCCUGGUGGGCACCUUGUUGCUGUUCACGAGAGCGAACUGCUAUUGCUCCUUGGACAGUUGGCUACAUCCAGAGCUGCGUCGAGCAGUGCCCUAUUGGAACUACUUUCUCAUCAAGUUUCAGUUCUUUGUGCUCUACAUGUACGCAGGCUUGAAGAAGUUCUCAUUCGAGUGGCUCUCCGGCUAUGCGAUGACGAGUCUCAGUCAGCAUUGGGUCUUUGCGCCAUUUCGUCAGGUUUUAGAUGGCGAGCUCAUCGAUCUGCUGAUUAUCCAUUGGUUCACGGCCUUCUUCGACCUGUCCAUAGCGUUCUUUAUGACGUGCGAGAAGACGCGACUGUUGGUGACUCCAUUUAUGAUCAGUUUUCAUUUGAUGAACUCGCGUCUGUUUGUUAUAGGCAUGUUUCCCUGGGUUUGCUUGGCUGAAGUCCCGCUCUUUUAUAGCUUUGACUGGCCAAGACGUCUGUGCCGCUCAUCUAAGCCUGGCUCGUCUACAGUAGAGGAGCCCAUAAAGAAACCAUCUGAAUCCUCACCUAGCUUCUGGGCUCAGCUGCGCAGCUGUUUGAUCCUGUCCUAUUGUGCUCUGCAGCUCUUCUUGCCCUACUCGCACUUCAUUACCAAGGGCUACAACAACUGGACGAAUGGUCUGUAUGGCUACUCCUGGGACAUGAUGGUGCACUCGUACGACACAGUGCUGACAUCCAUCAAGGUCGUUGACAACAACAAUCAGCAGGUGCAUCAUCUGAAUCCCUAUGCCUUCACCGAAUACGAUCGCUGGACCAAAUACGCCGACAUGGCUGUGCAAUACGCCAAAUGCAUUGAGAAGAACAUACACGAGGAUAUGGAUAGGAACCCAGAGAAUAGUCCGCUGACCAGCAAAAAUAUUUCCAUCUAUUUUGACAUCUGGUGCGCCAUGAAUGGACGCUUCCAGCAGCGCACCUUUGAUCCGAGAGUGGACCUGCUUAAAGCGCCUUGGUCACCCUUCAAGCGCACGCCCUGGUCGCUACCGCUGCUCACAGAGCUCAACCACAUGCGACCGAAAUUGAAGACAAUUGCAGACGAAGUGCUCGCCUGGAAUAACUACUCGGAUGUUAUAUUCGUAGCCGACUUUCCGGGUCUAACGCUGAGCAACUUCAUCGCACCGGCUCUGUUUAACUGCAGCCUGACGAUCCUUGAGGGCAAUGUACGCUACAAGAGCGCCAAGGACGACGAGGCGUAUUUCCUCACUGCCGGCAAGAGCAUCAGCCUGGAGAGCAAUGCCACGCACUAUGUGACCACCAUUGGCCAGAAGCCCGCCUCCUAUUUAUACACCUAUGUCAAUAAGACAAUGCUCGAGCAGGAUAUUGUUAUAGAUGAUGUGGGCCAGACUAAAGAUAAACCAUUGUUGCCCUUGUGGCAAGAAUUCAAGCAACGUGUCUCCAAUUACCAACAGUUCCUCACACAUUUGGCCAAUUGUUUGCUCUUUUUGUUAUACGAGGUGCCCAUACCUAUUUCCAUACGAGAGAGAGAUUAAGAAUGAAGCAGUCGAGAUUAUACAUAUAUUCCACUUGCUACAAAUGUAUUUUCUUGCCUAAGUCCCUAAGUGUCACAAAUUUGUGCGUGAUAAAACUGAUAAUAAAU